CCGACGCACUCUCCUCUCUUCUCUCUUCACUCUCCGCCGCGGAUGGAAGCAGCAGCCAUGGCCAACACAGUGCGGGUCGCCACUGCUCAGAUGACCUCCGUCAACGACCUCUCCGCCAACUUCGCCAUCUGCUCUCGUCUGGUGAAAGAAGCAGCCACCGCCGGCGCGAAGCUGCUCUGUUUCCCGGAGAAUUUCUCCUACGUCGGCUCUAAAUCCGGCGACAUCCUCCCGAUCUCCGAGCCAAUCGACGGUCCGAUCAUGGAUAAAUACCGCUCUCUAGCUAGGGAUUCACGCAUCUGGCUCUCGCUCGGCGGAUUUCAGGAAAGAGGAUCGGACGAUUCGCAUCUGCGCAAUCGACGACGCCGGCAACAUCAGGAGCAAAUACAGUAAAAUUCAUCUCUUCGACUUCGAUGUUCCCGGCGGCAGCAGUUACACCGAAGCCGGAGAAGAAAUGGUCGCCGUCGAUAGUCCGUUCGGCCGGUUAGGAUUGAGUAUUUGCUACGAUCUGCGAUUUCCGGAGAUCUAUCAGCAGCUGAGAUUCAACCGCGGCGCGGAGGUGCUGCUGGUGCCGGCGGCGUUCACUAAACACAGUGCUAUGUGAUUGCGGCGGCGCAGGCGGGGAACAACAGCGCUGACAAGGAGACUUACGGUGGAGGUAUGAUUAUUGAUCCGUGGGGUAAAGUUAGUGGGCGGUUGCCUGAU